CCUCCGUGGUGUUUCUUUAGAAGCCCACAACAUUUUUAAGUGUCUAACUAUCGAUUGCUAAAAGGUCUGUUUUUCUCAUUUGCUCCUUUUGUCCUGAAUAAAUGUGGAGUAAAUACAAAGCAAGGGUUCACAUAAAGACUCCAUCAUGGCCACGGGGGCCAGCAUUCCUCCCACACUGAAGGCCGCUGAUUGAUGUUGUGAAGAUUCAACGGUUUAACAUAAUCCACCUAAUGUCUGCUGAUGAACAGCCUGGAAGCGCGCUCCAUCCCCCCCACAACCCCCCAGCCCUCACACCCUCGACGUUUUGCGUGCUUCCGAAGUGGAUGACCUGUCCCUGGACUUCCCCUCAGCUACUUGCACUCCCACUUUAACAAACAGAACAUGACCAAGACUGUCAGCACCUGCUUAAAUAUCUCCCACUUUAACCCAUUCCGGCUAAUUUGGAUGAACACUCUGCUCCAGGUGUUUAAACACUCACGCUGUUCUGCCCUGAGUAAAAAAAAACUAAACAAAAAAAAAAACCCACAAAGUGGCACUGGUUCCACCACUUGAACUUGCAUUUAAUCAGGUGGCGAGCCCUCCCACCCCCGUUUGUGGUGGCAAGCCACUGAUUAGAUUUGGAGAUUGAGAACCAUUACAGGAGGCUGCAGUUGGAUAAUGACUUAAGUGCUGUUUCGUCUUCCUUUCCUCUGCAGGAAGGAAUUUAUCUGGAUGGGCCUGGCCUUAACUGACUGGGAAGAGCCCAACGGGGACCAUGGUUAUGUUGAAGAUCUCCGCUUUCCUCGUUGCCUACGCCCUGGUCAUCUGCCAGAUGUACUGCUCACAAGCCGCCCCUGCCAGACCAGGUUUAGAGUCCAUGUCAGAACGAGUCACGCUCACGGACUACGAGGCGCGAAGGUUACUGAACGCCAUCGUCAAGGAGUUUGUGCAGAUGACGGCAGAAGAGAUGGAACAGCAGGCGACGGAGGGAAACAGCAUGGACAGGCCCCUAACCAAGCGCUGUUCCAACCUCAGCACUUGCGUGCUGGGAAAACUGUCUCAGGAGCUGCACAAGUUGCAGACAUUCCCCCGCACAAACGUGGGAGCGGGAACGCCCGGCAAGAAGCGCGGCGCUCCUGAGAGGGACAGCUAUGCAAGCUACGGCGAGACGUUUGACAGCAUCUAAACCCUUCUUUUUCCUCUCCCUUCUCCGCUCUCUCCCUUUAUUUAUCCUUCCUUCUUUCCUAUCUCUUCAUUCCGGUUUGCUCUCCGUAUUUUUCAUCCUGGCAAGUGCAUGCUGACUCCUACCGGCUUGAGAAGAACCUGACUUGUUUUCUCUCUCUCUUUUUUUUUAUGUACUUCUUUCCCGCCUUUUUUCCCUGCUUGUUUUUUUUUUUUUUUUUUUGGGCAGAGAAUAAUUUGUUCCUUUUAUCUCAGACAAUCAGACAUAAUUUACACAGCUGUAAUUUACAAUAUCAGAUAUCCAUUUCUGUGUAGUGUUACUUGAUGGCAUCUGAUAGACAGAUCACUUAAUGUAACCAUUAAUAAAUAAUCCACUCAUGAAGACACCAUGUUUGUUGUUCAAUAAACGUAUUUUUCUACCAGGAAGCCUUAGCUCCUGUUUGUUUUUUAAAGACACCACAAAAUUUGGUUAACAUGAACACGAGCAAAAUUCAGCAAAUUAGAGUGUAAAUAUACUAUAAACGCUUCAGUACGUCCAGAGGUAGGAAAAAAAUCCACUCAUGAAGACACCAAUGUCCGUUAGUCAAUGAAAGUAAUUUUCUACAAGGAAGCCUUAAUUCCUGUUCAUCAGUUAAAGGCACAAAAAUUGGUUCGUAUGAACACGAAGGAACGUAAUUAGAGCGUAAAUACACUUUAAUACACCUUGAAAUCUAAUAAGUAAUCAAUCAGUUCAGAGGUGAGAACAUAAUCCACUCACAAGACACCAUGUCAGUUGCUCAAUGAACGUAUUUUCUACAAGGAAGCCUCAGCUAAUGUUAAAAGAAAAUAAUUUGUAUGUACACGCAAGACCGAAAUUAAACAAAUUAGAGCGUAAGUUCACUUUUAAGAUGCCUUGAAAUCUGUCUGGGAAGUCCUCAGUAAGUCAACAGGUAAGAAAACGCAUAAGCUGUUACCUCAUUUGUCCACUUUUAUCAAAUUUGUCGUACUGCUGGUGUGUUGUGGCGUUAGCUCACGUAAACGUAACGUGGUGUCUUUCGUGCUAAUCUCCGUUUGCUGUCCUGAAGCAGCGUUACAACACAGAAGCGUGCCUGCAACACGGCCACGUGCGUGACCCACCGCCUGGCCGACUUCCUCAGCCGAUCGGGGGGAAUUGGCAACAGCAACUUUGUUCCCACCAACGUUGGCGCCAAGGCCUUCGGCAGGCGAA